UUGCCUAUUUAAUUUCCAAAUUGGACACAAAGAAGAGGCAGAAGAUCAAAUCAAAAGAGAGAGAGCGCAUCGCAUCUCUUUCAUUUCCGAAACAAACACACAAAUCCCAAAUCCAAAAGAAGAAAAGGGGAAAAAAAAAAACAGAUAUGGCCGAUCAGCUCACCGAUGACCAGAUCUCUGAGUUCAAGGAAGCUUUCAGCCUCUUCGACAAGGACGGCGAUGGCUGCAUCACCACUAAGGAACUUGGGACUGUGAUGCGAUCAUUGGGUCAGAACCCAACUGAAGCAGAGCUCCAGGACAUGAUAAAUGAGGUUGAUGCUGAUGGGAAUGGUACUAUUGAUUUCCCUGAGUUCCUUAAUCUGAUGGCUCGCAAGAUGAAGGACACUGAUUCUGAGGAGGAGCUCAAAGAAGCUUUCCGGGUUUUUGAUAAGGAUCAGAAUGGCUUCAUUUCUGCUGCUGAGCUCCGCCAUGUCAUGACAAAUCUUGGUGAGAAGCUGACUGAUGAGGAGGUUGAUGAGAUGAUCCGUGAAGCUGAUGUGGAUGGCGAUGGUCAAAUCAACUAUGAGGAGUUUGUCAAAGUCAUGAUGGCCAAGUGAGGAACACUCAUCCAAAACUAAAAUUAAAAACAUUAAAAAAAAAGAAAGGGAAACAGGGCAGAUAAGUUUGAUGAGAAUUCUAUUUCCCUUUAGGACAUCUUUAUUUGGUGUUAUUAGCUUUGGUUGGGUUGUCUGUUUUUCUUGAUUGCAUUAUUUUCUGGCACUUUUCAUUACUAUCUACUUGUUUGCUCUGUUUCUUGUUUUGUAGUUUGGCUUGUUAGUUUCUCUCAUUUAUGGUUGGUAUUUUCUUUCUACCUUUGAAUUAUGAACCUAGAACAAUUGGGGUAUCUGAUGUUUUAUUUAUAAAUGACUAAUUUUGUUAAUAUUCUAAA